AUGGUAAAAUCAUGGCUGGGAACAAAGCCAAGAAAAAUAAAAACUUUUCAGAGAUUCUCGAGAAGAUAGAAGGAGAAGGACACUUCUUUCAGUGGCGAUCAAAUUUUAUAUCGUGCAUUGAUUACGAGUAGGAUGGUUUGAAUGGAAGAGAUGGGAAAUCAUAGGAAUGAAUCGACGAGUAACGGAAGGAAAGACAGGACAGGACAGGACAAGAAGGCGGAGUGUUGCAUCUGAUGCGAGAGGAAAUGUGCUUCUUUUUGUUGAUGGUGUCGAUGCCGAACUCCGACAGACGCUCCAAGAAGAUGUGCUCUCUAAAAAGAGUGCACCGUCUAAGAGUGAUGCUCCUCUUAUCACCCCCAUCUACCUUGCCGAGGCUGAUAGGUUUGUCGUUGGCUUCCCAACAAAGUUCGGUAUGAUGGCUGCUCAGUUCAAGGCAUUCGUAGAUGCAACUGGUGGCCUCUGGAGGACUCAACAACUUGCUGGUAAGCCAGCCGGAAUCUUCUACAGCACCGGGUCUCAAGGUGGUGGUCAAGAAACCACAAUUGCUUCCGUGUUUACUUGUGUUGUCACUGAUUCUAGCACAAUUUUUUUUUGUAAUCUUUGUAAGCAGGAGUAA